AUGACAGUCCAAGAGCAGCCUGAAGAAUCAGUGGUCCACCAGGAGGAGGAGGAGGGGCCCCAAGGGAUAGACAAGCAGGAGGAUCUGGGACUGGGUGCCCUAAGAAUAGAGAAAUCAACAUCAGUAAAGCUUCUGGAGACCAGGGGACCUGUCAUUGGCAGCCCCCAUAGACCUUCUGCUGGGGGGCUGCCCAUGGCUCAGGCUGAUGCAGAAGCAGCAGUGCUGCCAGAGCCAGACCCUGGCUGCUCCUCACUUCCAGACAAGUGGGCCAAAGAAAGGCUGGAGAAACACCAUCUGCCCAGCUCUCCAGGCUCCCAGGGCUCAAGCAAGGGGCCUGAGGACAUGGCCAUUGACACUACUCCCCCUUUUAUGACAGUGACAUUUCCAUCUCCACCUGCCUCCAAGGACAGCUCCAGUCCAUGCCCCCAGGUCCAUGGCCCUGUUCUUAACAAUGUAAGCGGAUUUUGGUCCCCAGGCCGCGGAGAAGGGGGCGUUGAGGCUGGAAAUGCUGCCGUGGCGGUGAAGCCAAGCGUGUGGGCGCGGCUGGGCGACUGGGCCCGCGCGCUGCUCUGGGACUACGCAGAGGCUUGCCGGGACGCGGUGGCUGCGGCGCGGGCUCGGCCGGGGCGCGCAGCAGUGUACUUGGGGCUGCUGGGCAGCGCCACAGCCUGCUGCGCUCUGGCGCCGAGAGAGGAGGCCUUCGAGGAGGCGCUCCUCGAUGCGUCUGGGACUCUCCUGCUGCUAGCGCCAGCCACUCGCAACCGCGAUUCCGAAAGCUUCCUGCAGCGGCUCCUUUGGCUGCGGGGUCGCGGUCGUCUGCGCCACGUGAAUCUGGGGUUCUGCUCGCUCGUGUACGAGGCGCCCUUCGACUCCCAGGCCAGCCUCUACCAGGCCCGCUGCCGCUACCUGCAGCCCCGCUGGGUCGACUUCCCCGGCCGAAUCCUGGAUGUGGGCUUCGUGGGCCACUGGUGGAUACUGAGCACCCGGAUGCGUGACUGCGACAUCAACGAUCACAAGUUCCUGCACCUGCCGGCACAUUUGCGCGUGGCCGGAUCCCACCAGCUGCACUCCGAGGCCAAUGAGCGGCUCUUCGAUGAGAAGUACAAGCCUGUUGUGCUCACCGACGAUCAGGUGGACCAGGCGCUGUGGGAGGAGCAGGUGUUGCAAAAGGAGAAAAAGGACAGGCUUGUCCUGAGCCAGGCCUACUGGCUAGUGCAGUCGCAGGUCGCAAGAUGAAACCCAGUAAGAGCUUGAGGCCUGACUGGGGUCUGAGCCCUGGCAGACUGUGGAAUGAUGAGAGUGAGACGUAAAUUAUAUGCACUGUUCUCUAACUGCUGUUGUUGAAAACAAGUUUGGAGAGCCAUACUCCCUAUCUCUUUGUUCCUUAUUAGUGAAGAUAGUUCACAGUCUUUUUGGUCUAGGAAUUGGGUAGAGCAGAGUUGACUAAUGUUUAUCACUGCCAGAGCUAGUAAUGAGCCUUUUACAUAAGUCUUUUUAGGCUGGGAAUGUAGUAGCUCAAGUGGUAAAGCACUUGUCCCUGGCAUCCCUAAAGCCCUAGGUUUGAUCCCCACUACCACAAAAACAAAAGAAAAAUAACUUCAUCCUUUUUCACUGUGUGACACAAGUCCCUUGACAGAGGUACUACAUUGGUCAGGUGACUCCCAAACUCUCUUCCAAGAGCAUGCAUAUUUUGCUUUAUUUCUUUGUGUGUUUUCCUCCUCUUGUUCUUUUUCUUUGGGGGGGGGGUACUGGGGACUGAACUCAGGGGCACUUGGCCACUGAGCCACAUCCCCAGCCCUAUUUUGUAUUUUAUUUAGAGACAGGGUCUUACAGAGUUGCAUAGUGAAUUGUCAUUGCUGAGGCUAGCUUUGAACUCACGAUUCUCCUGUCUCAGCCUCCCAAGCUGCUGGGAUUAAAGGGGUGUGCCACCAUGCCCAGCUCCUCUUGUUCUUUUAUGAGUAACAUGUUUGUUUAGAUUUUUAAAAUUCGUUGAGCCAGCUGUGGUGGUACACACCUGUAAUAUGAGCUACUCUAGAGGCUAAAGCAGGAAGAUUGCAAGUUUGAAACCAGCCUGGGCAGCUUAAUAACACCAUAUUCAAAUAAAAAGGGCUGGAGAUGUUGCUCAGUGGUAGAGCACUGGCAGUGUGAGUGAGGCCUUGGAUUCAAACUCCAUUACCAAAAAUAAAGUAAAACACUAAUUAUAGUCUCACAAGAAAUUGGCAAAAUAAUACAUUUUGAAUAUUCUUUACCCAGUUUCCCUUAAAUGGUAUUGUUUUACAUAACUAAUACUAAAUGAGGAUAUUGAUAUUAGUAUGACUGUUUGGUUUUGGAAGGGACGUGUUUUUGUAAAAACAAUUUGGUUUUAUCAUAUGUGUAUUGACAGUGAUUAGAAGUGGCUUGGAAGGAAAAAUAGGUCCUAAUCUCAAAAUCUAUAUCUAAUUGUAAAUCCUGUUGAUGUCAUACUUCAGGUACCCUGAAAACAGAAUUCUUUGGAAAAGAAUAAGUUAAAUUAUGUAGUUGGUACUUAGCUAGGUUAUGAUAAUCACACCUCUUAAGCUAAAAUAUUGGGGAAUGUGACUACCUCUGUCACCUUGGUGCUUGUAGCUAGUUAAUAAAACCAGGAGAUGAAACAGUGAAAAAAAAAAAAAAAACAAUGUAAGCAAUGCUCGUGAUGGCAGUUGGAACAUUAUUGAGGGCUAACUAGGAUUAUCCAGACUAAUCCUGGAGAGAAACCUGCCAUUAUUGAUUCUCUUGGGCAGGUGAAGAUAGUGAGGUUGAAGGAGGGCACCCUGAGCCUGGGUAGGAGACAACCUGCAGCCCUUGAAGUACAGACAAGACCAGCAAAGAGAGGUGGUACAGCUCAGAGCUCAUUCCCUUGUAGAUCUUUCAGUUUUUUUGGUAGCCUGAGCUCUACCACCUCAGCCUCCUAUGUGUAACUGCAAGGUAGGGAAUGGGAGUGGGGGUC